UUUAUGAUUAAUGUUUGACUAACAUAGAAUAAUUAAAUACUAACUUUUGUUUAGCACAUUUAACAUUACUGUUACUAAGGGUGGGUUGCAAAUCGUGUACCGGGGAUUUUCCACAUGAGUCAGUAAUUGAUAAAAAUUUUCUCUGGAAAUUCCGUGAAUGCAUAAGCCUAUAUAACAGUGUUGAUGCUAGCGUACUGAAAGUAGUACUACUCUACUCUGCUAACCAGUUUCACGAAGAGCAGAAUAACAAAAUCCUUACACAACGCAAUAUAUAUUAGUCGAGGAAUAUGGACGAAGAACGCAAGUUGCUUACAGUCGUCUUCAGACCGUACUUACGUGAAAAUUUGAACACGACUAGUAGUUUUUUGAGUCUUUUGCGUGGCGUUACAGUAAUUGACAAACAAUGGGCUGAUGUAAUGAAAGUGAAGGAGCUUAAGUCACCUGCUGACGUUGUCGACAAGAUUCUUGAUGUUUUGGAAGACUGUCAGGAAGACGGAUGGUUUAAAAGUUUUUUAAAUGCCUUGGCACAUGAUAACGAAACUCCGAAAAAUAAAGAAAUCCAGAAAUACAUUACGGGUUUCAAGAAGUUUGAAGAUAUGUCCCCAUACAAGGGCCUUCUUAGAGCCUGUGUGCCAUCGUUGUUGGCGAAUGUCAUCCCAAGGGACCUUCUUCCACACCUAAAAUCUUUAUCCACCGAAGAUAAGCAACGCAUCAAUCAAAUCAUAGAUCAUCGGUGCGAUACAGAAGCAACAAUGGAGCUCCUUGAGUGCAUUCAACGCGGAGGAGACGAAUGGUUUAAAGAGUUAAUUACUGCACUUCUGGCUAAUAAUUACACCGAAUUGGCAAAUUAUUUACGACCCCCAGACGAAGAAACUAUAGAAGAUUGCCCAAAUCCUGUGAGUGACUCGUCGGAGCAAACGCAGAAUGAAGACCAAGAGACGUUUCAUGAAGAGGCAAAUAAUGACACGAAUCAAAGUGAAGCCACAACUUUAGCUGUUGACAAAGAUGUGGAUGACGUAGGCAUAGCUGAAAAAGAUGACGAUGGAAAGGAGAAAGCAGCCAAGGGAGAAUCUAAGAAGCUAAACUUGCGCAAUUACCAGAAAGAGUUAGCAAAACCUGUUAUUGCCGGAGAAAAUACAAUCAUUAUAUCACACACCGGAUCCGGGAAAACGGUCGUAGCUGUUCAUUUCAUCAAUGAGCAUUUUAAAAAUGGACAAGCGUCUAACGAGCUGUCGGACAACCCGGAUACUAGUGGCGGAGUGGUACCAGUUGAGAAGAAGCCUAAAAAGGUUCUCUUUCUCGUAAGCACGACAAAUUUGGCAUCACAGCAGCAUGACUUGUUCCAGAGUUACCUGCAGAGUACACUGAAACUUUGUUACUUGAUUGGUGAAACAGCACCACUCAAGUCGUUGAAAAUUGUAGUUGAAAACAAUGACAUCAUCUUCCUAACAGCGCAGAUGGUAGUGAACGCGCUUCAGAAAAAUGACGUCACCAUUGACGAUUUCACAAUGCUCGUAUUUGAUGAGUGUCACCAUUGUCAUGGCCAGAAUCCAUACAACGAAAUAAUGGCAAGGUAUCGCAAAGCAAAAAUUGAGAAUGGAAGAGCUACGUUACCACAGGUAUUGUAUGCUGAUUAUAUUGGAAAAGCUUUCAGUCAACAAAAAUCUGACGAAUACGCAAAAAAGAUUUUUGCAAAUCUUGAUGUGGAAGCUGUUUCCAUACCAAAUGAAGAGGAUGAGGAAUAUCGAAAGUUUGUUAAUCCACCAGAAGAAAUUGAUCCGAUUUUAGUGGAACCCCGUUCAGAUGACGAUGAUCCGUUUAAAAUCGAAAUAGAAGGUAUCAUGGUUGAGAUUGAAACGAUGCUAAAAGAAGAGGUGAUAAAAAAAAUGAAGAAAGUACCUCAGACACUUUUGGACUUAUUAAAGUUCACUGAGUGCGUCAAAGGAUCAAGUGCUUAUGAACAAAGAGUUGAAACUUUCAGAACCACUUGCCCAGAGUCAGUUAAAGAUGAUGACGCCCUCUUACGAUUGCUGAGAACUGGGGGACACUAUUUGAGGGUAUACAAUGAUGCUCUGAAGAUGAAUAAAAUAUGCAGAAUUAAAGACGCUCUCAAUCUAAUUAAGGAAUUCAUCAAAACAGAGAAAGAAACGCGUUCGGAAGGAUUCAACAAUGUUGAUAAGGAUCUUAUACAGCUUUUUGAGAACAGAGAAAAGGAGCUGGAUUUCGUCAGUGGACGUUCAAGAUACGAGAACCCACUUUUGACUAAACUGCAAGAGAUCCUAACUGGUGAAUUUCGGUCGAAACCCGCUUCGCAUGCCAUAAUUUUCUGCACGAAACGUGUUACAGUCGAUGCAAUGCACAGUUGGAUUGAAGAAAACGAAAUACUUUCAGAAUUUCUUAAACCAGAAAAGAUAUUUGGAUCAAGUGAAAUGACUUCUGAUCAACAGCAAGCAGUUUUACAGAAUUUCAAGAGUGACGGUUGCAACAUACUUGUUGGAACAAAUGUUGUGGAGGAGGGUACAGAUGUCCCAGAUUGCAACAUGGUUUUCCGCUACAACUACAUGAGUAGCGACGUUGGUCGUAAGCAAGCUAAAGGGAGAAUUCGCAAAAAGAACAGUAAGUUUUACAUGAUCGCUUCCACUGAGUUUGAUUUUGAAAAAAAAGAUCAGGCCAACAAAGUCCGGGACUUGUACAUGAUAAAGAGUGUCCGCACAUUGUCGAAAAUCCCAACAGAAGAACUUAAAGCAGAUCUGAGGGUUUUACAGCAGAUAGAUGUAAAUGACCGAAUCAGAAUGGAAAAACUUGAAAUGGAGAAAAGAGAACGUAGGACAAUUGAAGCCUACAAAUUGUUCUGCGGUAAAUGUUCAGCCUUUGCGUGUUUUUCAUAUGAUAUUAAAGUAUUCAAUGAUUCCAAUCACCUGAUUACUGACGAGGAGUUCUACCGAGAAAGAAUUCGUACAGAGAAACACCCAAAGGCUAGGGAAAUAGGCGAUGAUACUUACAAGUACGGGAAGGUUUUCUGCAAAAACUGUAGCUUUGAUUGGGGAAUUAUGGUUACUAUUAGUAACACUAACUUUGCAGUUAUCAAAAUUGUAAGCUUCAUAUUAGAAAAAUGCGCUAAUGGAAGAAAAACUACUCAGAGAAAAUGGAAAGACUCUCCGUUUAAAGUGGAGAAAUUGGAUAUACUAGAAUUUAAGAGUACGAAUUCUGACUGGAGUGUGUAGUCAUACUAUUAGUCAUACUAAAGAAGUAGUGAUAUUGUUUCAUUAUAAUUUUCUUAAAUUUAACGAAGCAAUAUCUUUGGGGGGGGGGACGUUUCAUCACCUUUUCUCAAGGUUGAAUGACCUGCUAGAUGCCCCGCUGAUUCACUGUAGUGAUAUUGUUGUAAUAUUAGUGAUCCCUGUCAUUUGUUAGUAUAAUUAAAAACAAUGGGAGCUAAUAAUACAGAACAAAUUAUUAUUUUAUACAAUCAAUAAUGUAUAAUGAUAUUAUAUUAUAAAAGUGAAGUUUGAUGUAGAUUAUGUUACAAAUUUUAGUAGAUUGCAUUAGUUUUUACCUCGAAUACAUUAAAAAUAUACUUUCGGG